AUGUUCAAGACUUGCAUGGUACACGAAGACAAUGCGCUGCUAACUGUUCUAUCGAUGACCUGUGGGACCUUUAAAGUGGUAGUAAAGCGUAAGCGCAAGUCCACAAUUGAAAACAGCGCAAUUGAAUGUGCAGUGCAUGAGCAGUUCAUGUCACAACCACAUAGAAGCGAGGUUGGCAAACGAGCCUUCCGGUUAUCUGAUGGUAAGCAAUCAUCGCCACCGAUGGACACCAGCAACAACGGAAGAUCUGCGAUUCUACUUAUGUCACUCACCACUGGUCAUCCAAUGCUGUGGUUCCAGUAA